GUUCUAGAUCAGUAUCAUACAUGGAAAUGCUAUGCGCCUUGUGACGCUGAAGAUAUUUUUGUUCCUGUAAAGGUGGUUCUAUGGAUCUUGUGUGAACAUAUUUCUCAGUCUGGAUGGAAUUUCUCUGUUCUUGUUUAGGGACCGGCCUUACCCUUCGUAGCAAUUAGAACCUGGAUGGCUGACGGUGCAAACCUUGUGCUACGUUUGUUCUUCUGUUGGGGUUUGAAUCCAACUUACCGAGCUCAACCAAUAUGGGUGUAGAGGAUUCUAGGAUCAUUGGGCAUGCAUGCAAUGGCAUAAAACACUUUCCUGACGUCACGAAGGCAACAUGGCAGUCACUUGUUAUGGAGAGCGAGCUUCCUGUCCUCGUUGAGUUCUGGGCCUCCUGGUGUGGACCGUGCAAAAUGAUCGACCCAAUUGUCGGCAAGCUGUCAAAGGAGUAUGAAGGGAAGCUGAAAUGCUACAAGCUCAACACCGACGAGAACCCAGACAUAGCAAGCCAGUACGGCGUCCGGAGCAUCCCGACCAUGAUGAUGUUCAAGAACGGUGAGAAGAAGGACGCGGUGAUCGGAGCAGUGCCCGAAAGCACGCUGAUCACAUGCGUGGAGAAGUUCACCGAGAGGUAAAAUGUCGGAACGGACCUCCUGGACAGAGUUAGCGCUUGGCAUCCCACGCACGUCCUACAUUCAGAUCAUCUGAAACUCAGACGCCGUCUGCACAAUCUUUCUAUACCUGCGUGUAGAUACUAGAUAGUAUCAGUAAAUUGCUUUCUGUAUCAUCAAUAAUAAGUAGAAUCGCAUGGUGAAAGUCUCAUGAAAGCCUGGUUCCAUUGUUACCAUUCUUUUGGGCUGUAGAUAUAUAUGACAGGACUGUUAAAAGAGUCAGUAUUCUGUAGCAUAUCACAUAUUUCCAUCAGUUCGUGUGAUUGUUUCCCA